UGGCAGACUCCACAGCAACCAGCACCAUGCCUAUGAUACUGGGGUACUGGGACAUCUGCGGGCUGGCCCACGCCAUCGGCCUGCUCCUGGAAUACACAGACUCAAGCUACAAGGAAAAGAUGUACACGAUGGGGGACACUCCUGACUAUGACAGAAGCCAGUGGCCGAAUGAAAAAUUCAAGCUGGGCCUGGACUUUCCCAAUUUACCCUACUUGAUUGAUGGGGCUCCCAAGAUCACCCAGAGCAACACCAUCCUGUGCUACAUUGCUUGCAAGCACAACCUGUGUGGAGAGACAGAAAAGGAGAAGAUUUGGGAAGACAUUUUGGAGAAUCAGCUUAUGGGCAGCCACAUGCAGCUGGCCAGACUCUGCUACGAUCCACAUUUCCAGAGGCUGAAGCCAGAAUACCUGGAGGGACUUCCUGAAAUGCUGAAGCUCUACUCACAGUUUCUGGGGAAGCAGCCAUGGUUUCCUGGGGGCAAGAUCACCUUUGUGGAUUUCAUCACUUAUGAUGUCCUUGAGGGAAACCAAGUAUUUGAGCCCACCUGCUUGGAUGCCUUCCCAAACCUGAAGGACUUCGUUUCCCGAUUCGAGGCUUGGAGAAGAUCUUUGCCUACAUGAAGUCCAGCUGCUUCCUCCUAAGACCUGUGUUCAUGAAGAUGGCUGUCUGGGGCAAGUAGUGCCUUGAAGGCCAGGCGGUGGG